AUGCCGGACCGAGAAACAGAUAUCCACAACUUCUCAACCUCACCAUCGCAGCAUCGACUACCGACGGUUUCCGCCAUUGACGCUCUGCGAAACAUAUCCGCUAAAUUCAAAGGGAUAUCCUGUAGUCUCCCAGCUCUGGAUGCAAUUCUUGCAAAUGGAAGAAGCAAUGGGCUCUCAAUCGCUACAACUGGAAUUCAAAGGGGCCAUGUUACCGAAGUCUACGGACCACCAGGGGUAGGCAAGACCACCUUUGGGCUGCAAGCUGCCGUCAAUGCGAUCCGGUCCAGCCAUGAGGAUUCUCAUGUCCUGUGGGUUGACACAGGUUCUCCCUUCACCAAAGAGAGACUGGACGACCUGAUGCGCUCAUACACUGUCCCCGCAGAUACUGAUCUCCCUUCAUCACCACCAGAGCCUGUGGAGGCUGAAUUACUUCUAGACGACAAGUUUACUCACCUCAACGCCUACACGCUGCCUCGUCUGCUAACAGUAUUUUUGCAUCCUCCUCACUCCUUCCCCUCCUCAAAAACGUGUUUGAUCGUCAUCGACGACCUCUCCAAUCUCCUCCUUGGCUCAUUUUCGCGAAAUCCAAGAAAUCUCAAGGCCUCCGCGCCGGCUGGUGUGAAGGAGAAGUUUGAAAAGCAAGCUUUGUCGAAACGCUUUCAGGUCAUAGAAAAUCUCGGAGCCGCAAUGUCGAAGAUGGCCGCGCUCAAAAACAUUGCCGUUCUAGUCCUGACGAACGCGACGACGAGUUUGAGAAGCCGUCACAGGGCGGCCCUGAAAGCGGCAAUGGCCAGCCAUGCGUGGGACUCCGCAGUCCACACCCGAAUCAUGCUUUACCGCGAUUUCGCCGACGACGGACAAGUCAUCAAUAUAUCAGGGACGCAAUCCCUGGGCUUGCGGUAUGCGGAAGUCCAACGAAUGGCCUGGAAAGACCUCUGCACAAAUCCGGUUCCAUUUGCUAUCCUGUCCAAGGGCAUCCGGCAACUGAGUCCGGCGAUUUCACCUGGUCAAGCUCAAGUUGAUACUGACUCCAGUGAUGCGGUAGAAAUAUUCAAUACCGACAAGGAAGACAACCUCCCGCUUCUCCCCGCGGAACUCUCCCAGCGAUCCCAAGGUGAUAUGCCAGCACAAUCCAAAAAGCGGAAAAUUACCGAGAUCGCCGACAGCGAAGAUGAGAUUGAGGAAAACGGGAUUGAAAUGCCAUCGGAUUUCGACGAGCCCGAACUCCCACGCAUGGACUUGGUACCUCUUGCACUGAUGGAUGAGAUGAUCCUCGAAACACACGAGACGGCACUAUUGAGGAGAGAUCGAUAUGCACGUAUCAGGGGCUCUGAGGACGAGAUUCCUGCACCGUCGUCAGAUUUGGCAGAAGAGGCCGAUGCAGCUUCGCCUCCCGAAGAGGUCAGCCCUUGA